AUGCCAUCAGAAGUGAAUGGCUCGAAUGCGGAUCCCACUAUCGAUGAAAGUUGUGGUACACCACUGUCAACUAAAGCCACACUCUUUGAAGUGUUAACUCGCCUAUGGGGGUCGUGGGGUGAGGAAAUGUGUCCACCUGGAACGUACGCCGCAGGGUUCAGUCUAAAGGUGGAAGAUCCUAUUGACGGGGAUGACACUGCACUCAACGGGAUUCGCCUUCACUGUGUUGCGUCUAACAGCAUGUACAGUCCCAACUCCGCCUCAGUUCAGUCAGCUGAAGGCAGCUGGGGUGGGUGGAAAGCUAUCAAAUGGUGUCCUUCUGGAUUCUUGACUGCUUUUCAGCUGAGAGUUGAAUCUUCUCAAGGAGGUGGUGAUGAUACGGCUGCAAACAACAUCAAUUUCAAAUGCGGUGAAAACGAGUUAAAGGGUGACGGCACAAACUGGGGCGAUUGGGGCGGCUGGAGUGAAAGAUGUGACGGAAAAGGGAUCUGUGGUAUCAAGACCCUGGUAGAAGAGCCACAAGGACGAGGAGACGACACCGCUCUCAAUGACGUGCACAUGUACUGCUGCGCUUAAGGUGUUUGAAGACGACAACAAGAACCGAGAUCAGAUGGCUCAUAACUGAUAAAGCCUGAGAUGUGAUCAGGACCUCAACCCAGGUCUCCCUUAUUGUCUUAUCAGUUCAUACACUUCACCCAUGAACUCCCAUGAAUUACAUCCCUACGUCUAUUAAAAUACUAAUUUA